AGAAAAUAGGAGAAAUGCUGGCUUUCCAAAUUAUUGUAAAACAAGAUCUACUCUUCCAUAUCUAUAUAUGAAGAAGGAGGACUCUAACUUCCCCUUCUCAGAGACACAACAACUUCAUAUCUCUCUUUCUACCUGUGUAAACACCACAUCUCCCUGCAGCAGUACAUAUACUUUGCACAUAUUCAACGCAAACACACACGCAACACAGAAUGGGAAGAGGAAGAGUGGAGCUGAAGAGGAUAGAGAACAAGAUCAACCGUCAGGUCACCUUCUCUAAAAGGAGGAAUGGUUUGUUGAAGAAAGCUUAUGAGCUCUCUGUGCUUUGUGAUGCUGAAGUUGCCCUUAUCAUCUUCUCUAGUCGUGGCAAGGUCUAUGAAUUUGGUAGCGCUGGGACAACCAAAACCCUUGAGCGUUAUCAACGUUGCUGCUUCAAUCCCCGUGAUAACAGCAUUGAACGUGAGACACAGAACUGGUACCAAGAGGUGGCAAAGUUGAAGGCCAAAUAUGAAUCUCUUCAACGUACUCAAAGGCACUUGCUUGGUGAAGAUCUUGGGCCGCUGAGCGUGAAGGAACUGCAGAAUCUUGAGAAACAGCUCGAAGGAGCUCUUGCACUGGCUAGACAAAGAAAGACACAGAUUAUGCUGGAGCAAAUGGAAGACCUCCGCAAAAAGGAGCGUCACCUUGGAGACUUAAACAAGCAACUCAAAUUUAAGCUGGAAGCAGAAGGACAAAGCCUAGCCAUACAAGACCUGUGGAACUCUGGUGCAGCAGAUGGAAAUGACAACUUUGCUUUACAUCCUUCUCAAUCCCACCCCUUGGACUGUGACCCCGGACCUGUCCUACAAAUAGGGUACCAUCACUUUUUUCAAGCUGAAGGAUCUUCUGUUCCAAGAAGCAUGGCUAUUGAGACUAACUUCACGCAGGGAUGGAUCCUCUGAAUAUUUGAUCCUACUUAUACAUUUGUGUUUGAUUAAAUGCCUAAAUAGUUUGUGUUAAGUGGGAUUUGAUGAGUAAUAUUUAUAUAUAUAUAUAUAUAUAUACAUGCAAGACGUGAUCCAAAUUAUUAGUGCUAUAUGUAGUCGAUCCGACAUAUAUUAAGACUGCAGAUUCUUAAAUAUUUAUGUAAUAUCUCUUCAUGACAUCUA